GCUGGUCGCUGCGGAGUUGCCGGGUGGGCGCCGGCGCUGCGAGUUUGGAGUUUGGCGGAUCCCGGCACCGGCCCGGAAGCCCUCUGGAGAGACGGGAGCUGAGGGGGCUGAGGGGGCUGCCCCGGGCUGAGGUCAUGUUUCCUGAGGGAACCCUGAUUGAGAAGAGAGCGCCGGCCUGGAGGCGCUCCUCCACCUGAGCGCACCCCGCUCUGAGGAAGACCCGCUUUAGAGAGAGCCCGGAUCCGAGGGAACCCUUAGCACGCAUUCCCCGGAGCGCACCUUCUCCUCCCCUGACAGCAGUGUGGUGUUUUUUUUCUGAGCUGAUUUGUUUACCUUAAUGAAAAAAGGAGCCCCGGGGAUGAUAGAAGAUGCAGCAUCCCCUGGAAAUGGAGUUGUGAGCUGCCAUGUUGGUGCCGGGAACUGAACUCGGGUUCUCUUCAGGAGUAACGUGCGCUCUUAACUGCUGAGCUGUUUCCUCAGCCACAACACCUAAUGUCUUCUUCCCCUCAAGAAACAUUACUUCCAAGUACUGCAUUGCUUGCUUAUUUGCUUAUUUAAUAAUGCUAAUCCUGAUACACAGCACAUUUUAGAAGCUUUGUGCUAAAUAUCCUCAGGCUUAAAUCAUGGAUGGUGACUGUCAUUCUGUGAGUAAUUUACACACUUGAUUUUUGCCUUUUUGAAUUCCCAUAUUCUAUAAGUGUGUGACGUUUAAUUACAGCAGUAUUUAUAAUCUAUCGUCUGCCUGCUUUUGCUGAAAUACAGUUUCAAAUUAACUAUAUAUUUGAGACAGCAUCUCACUAUGUGUUCUUGGCUGGCCUCAAACUUCCAGAGAUCUGCCUGUCUCUCCUUCCCGGUUGUACCCAAUAAAGUAUAUACAUUAGUGAGGGAUUGGAGAGGUGGUUCAACAGUGAAGAACACUGGCUGCUCUUACAGAGGACCUGGGUUUGAUUCCCAGCACUUACAUGGCAGCUGGCUCACAACUAUCUGUACUCCAGUCAGAAAGGAUCUGAUGUUGCCUUCUUGCCGUCUUAGGCUCCUGCGUGCAUACACUCAGGCAUAUACACAUAUUUUCCUUCUUUUCAAAGAUAGUGUUCAUUUUCUAAUGCCUAUUUGGUUAGGUCUUAUAAUAUUGUUUCCCCUUCUUUUUAAUUGUAGAAGACGUGUAGCAAUGGCUGCGAUUUAUUCUGGCGUUUCCUUUAAACUUAAAAGCAAGACGACUUCUUGGGAAGAUAAACUAAAACUAGCUCAUUUUGCUUGGAUUUCCCAUCAGUGCUUUCUACCAAAUAAAGAACAAGUUUUACUUGAUUGGGCAAGACAGUCAUUGGUUGCAUUUUAUAAGAAAAAACUCGAACUGCAAGAAGAUAUUGUUGAAAGGCUCUGGGUCUAUGUAGAUAAUAUUCUACAUAGCAAGAAACUGCAGAAUCUCCUUAAGAAUGGAAAGACUGUAAAUCUUCAGGUUUCCCUUGUCAAGAUCAUAAAUGAGAGAAUAGCAGAGUUCUCACUUUCAGGAUCUCAGAGGAAUAUCUGUACCAUCAUGAGUUGCUGCCAGGGUAUCCUUUCAGCACCUGCCCUUGCUAUCAUCUAUACAGCCAAACCAGAGCUGAUUGUGGCCUUGCUGAGCCAUCUCUGCUGGUCAUCCUGCAGACAGCCAGAAGGAACCAUGACAGCCAAGCUCUUUGAGGUCAUUCAUCUGGCUCUUGACCAUUACCUCAGACUUCAGCAACAACAAACUAACCCUAGGCGUGUCUUUGGGGACAUGACCAGCCACCUCCUCCAGCCCUUCCUAGUCCUGAGACACUUGCUUUUUGAAGGCACCUGGACGCAGCCUGGUCAGGGACAGCUACGGCAAGUACUAAGCCGAGAUAUCAGGAGUAAAAUUGAUGCUGUUCUUCAAGGCGGUGUUUUUCGACAUGAUCUGCUUUCGUCCUAUAAAGAGGAGCUCUUGGGGCACCAAGGGGACAUAAAGAUAGGAGUUCUGAAGAGUCUUCUCACUCCAAUGGAGACUGUGAUUACAAGACUGGUGGAGCCUGGUUAUGUCAAAUCAGACCUCCAUGCGUCGGUUGUGGCCAGCUCAGUGUCCUUGCUGUACAGACUCUUUCUGGACUCAUAUCUUAAGGAAGAAAACCAGUUUCUCUGUUUUCAGGCUCUCCCCAGAUUGUUUGAUUGUUUGCAAAUCUCACGCCUGCAAGCAGGGCAGAUGGAAGCCCUGUCCUUAGCAGACUGGACCACAGAGCUUCUGGCCAUAGAGCAACUACUAAACUCAGCAGCCACCAACAACAUCUACAAUGUGGCUGCUGACAGGAUCCGGCAUGGGGAGACACAGUUCCACUUUUACCGCCGUGUGGCCGAGCUGCUGAUCAACCAUUCACAAGCACCUGUGUCUGCUUGGUUUCGCUGCCUCAAGAUUUUGAUGUCUCUGAAUCAUUUGAUUUUAGAGCCAGAACUGGAUGACCUGUUGUCUUCAGCUUGGAUUGAUGCAGAAGUAACAGAAUUUCGAGCCAAAAAAGCCCAGGAGGUGCUCAUUAACACUGUCUUUCAGACAUAUGCCAAGCUUCGACAGGUACCACGGCUGUUUGAGGAGGUCUUGGGGGUGAUUUGCCGUCCAGCUGCUGAGGCACUGCGGCAGCCUUUGCUUGCUUCGGGCCCCUCUACGGCUCUCUGCACAUGCCUCUUGGAGCUGCCACUGAGUCAGAUUCUGGAUGCAUGGUCCCUUGUCCUAGAGAAGUUCCAGUCUUUAGUCAUGCCCUAUUUACAUAGUGAUACUGACAUGGCUUCGAAGGCUCUGUCCCUGAGCUCUCUGCUGCACUGCAUAAUGUUCAACAUGCAGACUCUGGACAAUAACAUGCCUUUGCCCAUCAUCAGGCGGACACAGUGCAUAAUGGAGAAGAUGCUGAAAGAGCUUGUGACGCCCCUUUUGGGCCUUCUGGACCUCUGGAGUCCAGAGCCUGAGCUGUGGCAGCAGAAGGUGAGUGACUCUGCACUCUUACUGUCUUACACCUGGGCUCAGGUGGACACUACCCUCAGUUUGCACUGCAGCCAGUAUUGCUCUCUGGCUGGGCCCUUAGCUAGGGCUGCUCCGGAUAUCUCAAGCCUCCCUUUGUUGCUACCAGGUGUGGAAACACAGCUUUGGAAGAAGGUGGAAAAGUGUAUAGCCCAGUCCAGGGCUCUCAGUAGGUACUGCUUAGAACAGCUGUACCUUCAGAAGGUGAAAAGGACUUUAAUGCAGACUAAUUCCCAGUCCAAAGAAGCCCUUCAAACCUUGAGGUCUGACACUGCCUACAUUCUUGAUUCUAGCAGAGACUGUUUCAGUCAAAAGUCAAUAGCUGCUUGGGAUAGGCAGGUGUCUACUGUGAAUGAGUCUACAUAUCCUGUAGCACACUGGCAUUUGAUUGUAUCAAACCUCGCAGUUUUAAUGCCCUACCUUUGUGUGGAUGAUGUGAGAUAUGUGGCCACUGUCUUAUUCAGAACGUUACCAGCAAGCAAAGCCCAGGAAAGCAUGGCACACAGUGAGCCAUAUGUCACGCUUGAGAAAGUGUCCACAGCCCUCCUCCACAGCCCUCUCUUUCCGGAGAUGCAGUCCCUCUAUUCUGUCUUCCUGACAUGUGUCAUUGAGAAGUGUUCUAGCAUUCUGUGCUCUGGUCCUCACAAUGACCUGCAUCUCCUUAGUCAGCAGCUCCCCUGGCUUUUCAAAAAGGACUACCACACGGUUGUGGCUCAUUGGGAAACCAAACUGGCAAAAGUUGGAUCUGAAGGUAUAGAGCCGAGAGGAGAAAUUGCCCACAAUUUCCUAUCCAUGGUCAAGAGUGGGUUUCCUAUCAAAUUGGAUGAAGAGCAGCUGGAAGGCCUCCUGCAGCUCUUGGACGUCAUCUCCACGCUCCGCCUGGACAGUCUCUUGCCACCUCACCAUGUGCAUUUUUUUUUCCUGCUAUUCUCCAUGGCUGUCUCCACAGUAGGGCAUUGCUCUUGUCCACUAGCUCUCCAGUUCUUGGUGACGUGCUACCAGCUCCUCAGUGGUCUGCAGAGGGGAAGGAAUGGCCGCUCUGUGUUCAGGGUCAUGUACGUUAGUGACAUCUUUGAGGUUGUGCUGACCUCACUGCUGCAAGCCAGUACUGAGUUUCAUGUUAGGGAAGAUGACCCUGCUUGGCUGCAGCUUCUUCAUGUGUCAGGGCUGUUCUUAGAGCAGCUAAUGCAAAUGCUUAUCCAAGUAAAGCUGAGCUUGGUGCUCAAUUUUGGAAAAAUCACUGCCUUCCUCUCAAGGUAUAGUAAGGGAGCUUCCAGCAAAGAAUUGAAAAUCCAGAACCUUCAGGGCAGGCAACUGCUUCUGGUAGCUCUGACCAAGUUGUGUCAAAGUUUGGAGCCUUGUGUUAAGGAGCGGAGGCAGCUGCUGGAGGCGCCGGGAGCACUGUCUGAGCUGCUGCAGCAGGCCAUGAUGCAGAUAGGUGCCAUACUGCAGCUCUGCUUAGUGCCUGGGACCACAGGCCACCGCCUGCCUUCAGUCCUCCUCUCCGCUCUUCCCACACUUUUAAACGUGGACCUGAGCCAACACCUCAGGGAAGGAGAGCCCCAAAUUGCCCAUGUGGUGGAUACAGACGCGACACGGCUUUCUCACGUGACCCUUUACCAGGAUAUCUACGCUCAGUUGCUGGAGGAGUUGCCAUCCCUGUCGAGGAACGCUCAGUCUUUCCAGGCAGCCUUGCAAUUUCUAACCCUGUUCCUUUCGGCCCCAGAGCUCCAUUCCAAGGAGAGUUCUGUUUUUGAUUCCAUCUUUUAUUCCGUGCGGAAAGUUCUUACAGGUCCAAGCAUUCCCGCUCCAGUCACUCAGGAUAGUGAACCUCACUUGGAAGCACUGCUUACCCAAAUGUUUGAGGCUGGGACAACAGAGCAUUUUGGGAUGGUAUUGCAGUCUGUUCUUCAGGGAUUGGAUGUCACUCAGGCGUGGAGGUCAGAUCUGCAGGUUGUUUUGUGUGCCAUUAGACUACUCACCCUGCUACUCAAAUGCCCACUUAGUGGAGAAAAGGCGAGGUUGCUGUGGCGUGCGUACCCCCAGAUCAUCACAGCUCUAAUGCUGCAACACCGAGAGGCGUGCCAGGAGCAGCCUGUGGCCCUGGUAGUGGUUGAGCCUAUUCUUGACGUGCUGGCUGUUCUGCUGCGGAAAGGGGAGGAGACCAUCAGUAACCCUCACCAUGUCAGUCUGGCCUUUAACAUCUUGCUCACAGCCCCUCUGGAGCACCUGAAGCCGCUGGAGUUCGGCAGUGUCUUCCUGAAGAUGCACAAUGUGCUGUUCUCCAUCUUGCAGUGCCACGCUAAGGUGAUGCUGAAGGCCAUUCCAUCUUUUUUGACCUCGUUUCAUAGACUAUUGUUUUCAGUUAUGCAUGAAGGACGGCAGAAAGACAAAGGAAGCAUGGAUGACCUGCCAGCGGUCCUUGAGUGUGCACGCCUGGUGGAAAGGAUGUAUAGCCACAUUGCUGCUCGAGCUGAGGAGUUCACCACGUUCUCCCCAUUCCUGGUGGCCCAGUAUGUGACAGAAGUACAGAAGGUAACCUUGUACCCAGCUGUUAAGAACCUGCUUCAAGAAGGAAUUUACCUCCUCUUGGAUCUCUGCAUGGAUCGUGAUAUCCAGUUUCUGCGGACCUCACUACAGCCCGGAGCACGAGAUAUCUUCAAGGAGCUGCACAGUGACUACCUCAAGUACCACAAGGCCAAGCAUGAAGGAGAGAAGAGAUACACUGCCUAGACCACCCCAUGGAAGCACAGUUUCCUGGGACACCUUGCAGAGGUUUCAUGGUUCAGAGCUGUGGAGGAUGUAAGGUCUGGAGUCCUCAUGCAUAUGGUCGACAACCAUGGGAAACCAAUACAUGCAUACGCACAGAGUCUCAUUGUAUGUCCCUGAGUACCCUGGAACUCACUAUGUUGACCAGCCUGGCCUUUAACUUACAGAAAUCUACCUGCCUAUGCCUUUUGCAUGCUGGGUCUACCUUGCCCACGUUGGGGAUUAUAUGUAUUUUUAUAGCUUUUUAAAAAAUUCUGAGUAUUUUUUAAUUUUCCAUCUCCCAGUAUGAUAAGACUUCAGCCUCAGGCUUCAUACAUACUAUUAUAACACUUUUGCCACUCAGCUACACCCUCAUACCUCAAUACAUCUUCUUAUAGCUAAGUGUGCUGUAAGAAACCCGGAAGCAGGCUCUGAGAUGGGGUGAACUUAAUGGGAAAAUUGCUGACGAUUAUGACUGGACCUAAUGUGGUCCUCGCCUUUCUCCCUCUCCUGGCUGGAAACUGUGGAACAAAAACAGUAUUUUGUUUCUGAUACAUGGGUUGUAAUUAAAUCCCAUUUGCCCUUUAAAUUAGACCACGUAGCACAGGUGCCGCCCUGCACCUUCCCUCCGAGGAGCUUGGUGGUGCUGGGGGAAUAGCCAGGGCCCUGGAUGGUGUGCUGUGCACUGUCUGGUAGGAAGGAGCUCUAGCCCAGGAGCCAGGACUUCUGUUUGUUCUGCUUCAGUCUGAGAAGUUCAUUAAGAAACUUUCCUACUCAGUUCAAGAAAUAACUGUGCUUACUACCUAAGCAAUAUGGUAAUGGUCUCAGUUACCCUUUAUUGUCGCAUAGAAAUGUCUGUUUUAGUCUCUUUGUUGUGUAUGUGUGUUUGUAUAUGUAUGUAUGUGUAUACACACACACACACACACACACACACACAUAUAUAUAUAAAAUCAAAAUGUGUUAAGGUUGCCUAAUGUUUUCUUUUAUAAUAGUUUUCUUUUAUAAGAGUCAAUAAAGUAUUUGUUAUUUUUUAAUGUUA